GGUCCGGCCUGGAAGUCACGGGGGGAGUUGGCCCGGGACUGCAUCAUUCUGCACUUGCUGCAGCGCAGCCAGAGGGAGCAGGUGGAGCAGGCGAGAGGAGAGCCCCAGCGUGCAGGGUUGGGGAGACUGCAGUGACGCUGCCUGGGAGACAUGGCGGCCGGCGCCUCUGAAUAAGCAGAAUACCGAGCCCCUCGCUGCCCCGGCCCCCGCAGCCAGGGCCAUGCCACAUGGCCGCUGACCGCACGCAGGGGCCGGCCCAGAGGACACAAGCUGCGGCUGCCGCCUAGUCCCUGAUCCUCGCCCCUGCAUUCCUCAUGUUGCAUUUCACGUCAGUUUCUUGGGCAGGGUAGCCGCCGCCGCCAGAGGAACAGCCAGGACAUCGCUCUGCUUGUUCAUCCCGCCACACUUUGCUUUUCCAUUUUUUUCCUUCCCUCCCCAUUUCUUUCUCCUUUACCCCACCUGCUUUGCCUCCGGCUCCCGAUCCUGUGACCCCCUCUGGCCUCCAUCCACCGGGGCUAUGGCCGCAGAAGAGGUAUUGCAAACUGUGGACCAUUAUAAGGCUGAGAUAGAGAGGCUGACCAAGGAGCUCACAGAGACCACCCACGAGAAGAUCCAGGCUGCCGAGUACGGGCUGGUGGUCUUGGAAGAGAAGCUGACCCUCAAGCAGCAGUAUGACGAGCUGGAGGCCGAGUAUGACAGCCUCAAACAGGAGCUGGAGCAGCUGAAAGAGGCCUUUGGCCAGUCCUUCUCCAUCCACCGGAAAGUUGCUGAGGAUGGAGAGACCCGGGAGGAGACGCUUCUGCAGGAAUCGGCCUCAAAGGAAGCUUACUACCUGGGGAAGAUCUUGGAGAUGCAGAACGAACUGAAGCAGAGCCGGGCUGUAGUCACCAACGUGCAGGCAGAAAAUGAGAGGCUCACGGCCGUCGUGCAGGACCUGAAGGAGAACAAUGAAAUGGUGGAGCUGCAGAGAAUACGGAUGAAGGAUGAGAUUCGAGAAUAUAAAUUCCGAGAGGCACGCCUCCUUCAGGACUAUACUGAGCUGGAAGAAGAAAAUAUAACGCUGCAGAAACUUGUGUCCACAUUAAAGCAGAACCAGGUUGAAUACGAAGGCUUAAAGCAUGAGAUUAAGCGAUUUGAGGAGGAGACGGUGCUGCUGAACAGCCAGCUGGAAGAUGCCAUCCGGCUGAAGGAGAUCGCUGAGCACCAACUGGAAGAAGCCCUAGAGACCUUGAAAAAUGAACGGGAACAAAAGAACAACCUGCGGAAGGAGCUCUCCCAGUACAUCAGCCUCAACGAUAACCAUAUCAGCAUCUCGGUGGAUGGACUCAAGUUUGCUGAGGACGGAAGUGAGCCAAACAAUGAUGACAAGAUGAACGGGCACAUCCAUGCGCCCCUUGUGAAACUGAAUGGAGACUAUCGGACUCCCACUUUAAGGAAAGGAGAGUCCCUACACCCGGUUUCUGACUUAUUCAGUGAGCUGAACAUUUCAGAAAUACAGAAAUUGAAGCAGCAGCUAAUGCAGGUAGAGCGGGAAAAGGCCAUUCUUCUGGCCAAUCUUCAGGAGUCACAGACACAGCUGGAACACACCAAGGGGGCGCUGACAGAGCAGCAUGAACGGGUGCACCGGCUCACAGAGCACGUGAAUGCCAUGAGGGGCCUCCAGAGCAGCAAGGAGCUCAAGCCUGAGCAAGAUGGGGAGAAGGGCCGGGACUCAGGGGAGGAGGCGCAUGACUAUGAGGUGGACAUCAAUGGCUUAGAGAUCCUUGAGUGCAAAUACAGGGUGGCAGUAACUGAGGUGAUUGAUUUGAAAGCUGAAAUUAAAGCCUUAAAGGAGAAAUACAAUAAAUCUGUGGAAAACUAUACUGAAGAGAAGACCAAGUAUGAGAGUAAGAUCCAAAUGUACGAUGAGCAGGUGACAAGCCUUGAGAAGUCCACCAAGGAGAGUGGUGAGAAGAUGGCCCAUAUGGAGAAGGAAUUGCAAAAGAUGACCAGCAUAGCCAAUGAAAAUCACAAUACCCUUAACACAGCCCAGGAUGAGUUGGUGACAUUCAGUGAGGAGCUAGCCCAGCUUUACCACCAUGUGUGUCUGUGUAAUAAUGAAACCCCCAACAGAGUCAUGCUGGACUACUAUAGGCAAAGCAGAGUUACCCGUAGUGGCAGCCUGAAAGGACCUGAUGAUCCCAGGGGACUUCUGUCUCCACGGUUAGCCAGGCGGGGCGCGUCAUCCCCAGUAGAAACAAGGACCUCCUCUGAACCAGUUGCAAAAGAAAACACAGAGGCCAGCAAAGAACCGAGUCCAACCAAGACCCCCACCAUCUCUCCUGUUAUUACUGCCCCACCAUCAUCACCAGUAUUAGAUACCAGUGACAUCCGCAAAGAGCCAAUGAACAUCUACAACCUUAAUGCCAUUAUCCGGGACCAAAUCAAGCAUUUGCAGAAAGCUGUGGACCGGUCCCUGCAACUGUCUCGUCAGAGAGCAGCGGCACGGGAGCUGACCCCCAUGCUCGAUAAAGACAAGGAAGCCUUAAUGGAAGAGUUUCUCAAGCUCAAGUCCCUGCUGAGCACCAAACGGGAGCAGAUUGCCACGCUGAGGGCAGUGCUGAAGGCCAACAAGCAGACAGCUGAGGUGGCCCUAGCUAAUCUCAAGAACAAAUACGAAAAUGAGAAAGCGAUGGUGACUGAAACGAUGACAAAACUUAGAAAUGAACUGAAAGCUUUGAAAGAAGAUGCAGCAACUUUCUCAUCCCUGAGAGCAAUGUUUGCAACCAGAUGUGAUGAAUAUGUCACGCAGUUGGAUGAGAUGCAGAGACAGUUGGCAGCCGCAGAGGACGAGAAGAAGACUCUAAAUACUUUGUUACGAAUGGCUAUCCAGCAAAAACUCGCCCUGACCCAGCGGCUAGAGGACUUAGAGUUUGACCAUGAGCAGUCGCGACGCAGCAAAGGCAAAUUUGGAAAGAGCAAGAUCGGCAGCCCUAAAGUAAGUGGGGAGGCAUCAGUCACCGUGCCCACCAUAGACACUUACCUCCUGCGUAGGCAGGGCCCACAGACACCCAACAUUCGGGUCAGCAGUGGCACUCAGAGGAAAAGACAAUUUUCACCUUCCCUUUGUGAUCAGAGCCGUCCCAGGACUUCAGGGGCCUCCUACCUACAGAGUUUAUUAAGAGUUCCCCCUGAUCCCACCUCCACAGAAUCAUUUCUUCUGAAGGGCCCCCCUUCCAUGAGUGAAUUCAUCCAAGGGCACCGGCUCAGCAAGGAAAAAAGGUUAACCGUGGCUCCACCAGUCCUGACCCAGCUCUCCCUGACGAGCAGCCGCAGUCCAGCUCCCAGUGCGCCCCCCUCCACUGUCUCUCCAAAUCUCCUCACCCCUAGUCUCCACCUCCUGUGCACCAACCUCUGGGGCGAACGUUUCGUAGCCACACACAGGAUACCGCCCAGGAUCCAACCGGUGUUUUCUUCUCGGUCGUUAGGUGUAUGAUGGGAGCAAUGCCCGUCACUUUGGAAGAUGAAAGAAAGUUAAGAAGAAUAACACAAAGCACAGACUCUGGCGUGAUAAAACGUUUUAUCGUUUGUCUAAGUCACAGAUAAAUUUCUGCAAUGAAAUGGCUAUAGUUCAGUUGAAUAAUAAAAACAAAACUGGACACGUGUAUCUCAGAUGACUGGCUUUAUCUCGAUAACAUGGAGAGACCUGAGACCGUGUAAAAUACAUAUAUCGUAAAACCAUCUUUCCUCACCUGUCACAUUCGGCUAUAGAAGUUGAUUCCAGUAUUUUUCAUCAUCGAUAUUUAUUUUGUACUUUAUUUGGCACAUGAGUUAUGUUUAUAAAAAUAAUUUCUGAGAGAGGUGAACUUCAUUUAUUUUUAAAUAAGCAUAAUUUGCUCUGUUCAGUUUUAAUUUAGUUCGAAAUCUGGAAUUGGUCAGACGGUGGUCGUUUUUCUUGCACAAAAUAAUAAAUGAGGUGCAUCGGAAUGUUAACAAUAACUGUAUUUUGCUGCUACACUGAUAUUGUUUAUGCACUUACCUUUCUAAUCAGUAGCUAAUUAAGUGCUGGAUUUUUUUAAAACUAGGGUUCUUCACUGGACAUUAUUGAGUAAAUCUAAGAAACAGACUAUGUUACGAUUCAUUGACUUAUUCAACUUUGAUGGCAUCUUUAAUUUUUUUGAAAAAUUGCAGGCAGGCAGAUGCACUGGUGCUGCUCCUUUGUGUGUGUGUGUUGUGUGUGUGUGUGUGAUGAUAGAGGAGGCUAAAUAACAUGAAGGGAAAACAUGGUGUGUUUAUUUAAUGACCAGACUUUUUUUUUUACUCCUCCCAAAUUCAGGGCCCUAUGAGAAGUCUUUCCUGCUAAAAGUUGUCAAGUAUAAAUGGGAAAAUACAUCCAUAGACAGAUGUAAGUUAGCCUUUGGUUAAUGAAUUUACUCAGAAAGUGUUCAACUUUUGAUUACAAUUGUGUGUUUUGUUGUUGUUAGUUUUUUUCAUAAUGAAUUUUCCUUGCCAAAAAACAAUACAUAAUAAACCUUAGCUCAUUGUCUACUUUUGAGAAACACUCAGGUGCCUACAAUCAUAUUAUACAUCUUGAAAUAUAAUAGAUGUUCCUAGUUCAUUUCCAAACCCUGCUGGGUAACUCUCAUGACUUGAUUUAAGGCAGUCUCUUUUCAUAGCAAAAUUUAUUUUGCACAUAAUCUGACAAACAAGGAAAACAGCUAAUUGAGCUAAAAGGUCUAAUACUCCGGGGCUCCUUAACGACCAAGAACUGCCCACACAAUUGCUCCUAGCCCUGAUUCCUUGUCUAGUCAGGUAGCCUUAACUUACUUAAAAUCAUAACAGUUUAACCUUUUCAUGUAACAGUAUCUGUAACUUCUCUUUAAAACAAAAACAAUCCUCACUGUUAAUACUGAAGAUAGUUUACUAGACGGGGCUCUCACCACGAACAUCUAGUAAGAGCCACUCAGCUCACGGAGUGGCAGUGGGUGGGACAUAAUGGCAUGGUCCAUCAGAGGUGGUGGCCAGGGGCUCAGUUGUAAAGCAAAGGGCGGGAGCUUUAUCAGUCACAUACCUAUUAAGUACUGGUCACUGUUACCAAAGCAACCAAGAGGUUUUUAGUUUCUUAUAUGAGUGCUAUUUUCAACAAUGUCAUUUAUUAUGCAACUUGAAGUAGUUAGAAAUCUUUACCAUAAGUAGGUAUCCAGGUUUGAGAAAAACAAAUCUUCAUACAGUCUUGGUCAUGGCAGCCUAACCUUCUAUUCUUUCCUACCUACAUGUCCUUGCUGUUCCUAAACGCUUGCUUCAUUUUAUUGGUGUUGUGUCUGCCCUGUACCAGUAUUAGCAAGGCAGUGUGGAUUAUAUUUAGAGUUCAAUGAAAGGAGGCUACCCCCUACCCUUGCUCUUUCUUUUUUCUUUCCGUUAUUUCUUUUCCAAGCAUCAUGUGUUUGGACCUGAGAAGUGGCAUAGCUGCAAAGUUGACUUCUAAUAAAAACUGUCUGUGCCUGAGGGAAAAUACGCCAUUGUUAAAAGUACCUGAGAACAUCUUCCUGUGUUGCCUCAUCAGUUGUGUUGGUGGUGCAGGGAAUUCAGCAGCAAGUGUCGUUGCUGAGUCACUGCAGAGCAGCAACCCUGCUGGAUGGGGCAUAAUUGCAUUUUUGCUCCCUCCCUCUAGUGGUGACCCCGUGAAAGGCUGGGUCCCAAGCAACACAUUUAUUUCCUCCAAUAUAAAGUUUAUGAAGUCUACUAUAUGCUAAUUUUACUCAAGUUCCUUUAUAUUAACAGAGUGGGAAGUGUUUGUUUGAAAAUAUCAGUUCUAUAAAAAUGUUCAUUUUAGCAAAACUUUGCCAAGAAGGUGUAGAAACUAGGAAAUAAGUCUCAGAUUUUCAGCACAAAAUUAGGUAAUAGUCCCUAGGCAGUGAGAGAGAAUUCUAUGUAUUUAAACUGUGGCAUCAUUUAGUAUAGUUUAAACUGAGCCUUAUCAAUGUUUAUUUAUAGGCAUUUAAAAUAAAUAAAUAUGUGUAGCACUGAUAAAAAAAUCAGUACGUAUAAAGAACAUGAGGAUUCAAAAGGAAAUUGAAAAAUUGAAGAACUAGUGGAAAUUAAAAAGAACAAACUUCCGUGAGACCAUUUGGAGAGAGAUGUGGGGUGAAAUACUACAGAAAUGCAAAACACACUGGCUAAUUAAUUCAAAUGCAGCGAAGGAGGUAACUAGCAAGCUUGCUUAGCAGAGUAACCAGGUAAUUUUUUUAAAUGUAAGCACAACUACCAUACUGAAAAGGAUAGUAUGCAGAAAUGCUUUCCCACUGAGGAUUUUUCUCAGUUAAAAGAUGAAAUUAGGAGAGCGAUACAUUGUCUUUGGCCUGAGUGCACAGGAGCACACAGGACCCUCAGAUUGAUCUAAUCAACUCAUGAGUCAUCAGGUCCCUUUCAUCCAGUUCUGUUUCAAUAACUUCAAGAAACCAAAGUUAUUAAUUAAGAGAAGACCUAGUCAGAAAGAUUAUUUUUUAGCCCAGGGAGGAAGAGGUACACUAUUGAUCUUCAAGAAAAUGUAGCCAAUGAUAGAUGUCAGCUAUAGAUAUCAUUAUUAAGAGUAGACUAAGAAAAAUAAAGCCCUCAGUGUAAAGGAUUUAUAUUAACUGUAGAAAGAGAUUCUUGACAGUGGGAAAUUAAUUAUCAAAAUCGAUCAUUAUAAUGCCUUUUAAAAAAAUUUAAAUACUGGUUGUCCAGUAACUUAAGUGGCAAGAUAUCUUAAGAUAAUAUAUUAUAAUUCUAGGAUUUCAUAACCCUAUGAUUCUUUUUAUUUCAGAUUUUAAAAUAAGUUAUUCUGUUUAGUCAUAAAAUAUUCUAUUCCUUGAAAGUAGGGUAGCAAUUUUAAUAUUUCCAACAUAUUUGGCAAAAAAUAAAACUGGAUUGUUGGCAUUUUUCCUUGCAGUUAUGUUGUAUAUCUUUAAAGUUGUCCAGAGUGUAGUAAUUUUACUAUAAAAAGCCUCAAUUUUCAGAGUCAAAAAAAAAAAAAAAGGAAAAAUACAUGUCCUCAGGAAUACUUUAGAAAUAGGUUUACAAUCCCUUAGGGAGUAAAUGCCUCUCAAACUUUAUCUUUUCUUAAAAGAAUCUUCAAUCUACAAUAUUUGCUUUCCCAUGCUUUAGAAAAUAUUUGUGUACAAUUCUUCUGUUUAAACAAGCAGUAAGUGUUGGUCAAAUAAUCCAUAUAUGGAACAUUUCCUGAUGUUCUGCAUUAAAUGAAAUCCUCUACAGCUCUCAAGCAGUAAUUACAAAAUAAGAAAAUGAAAAAGUGAAAUGUAUUUUCUACUGUGAUAAGAAGGGCAGGUUUGCUGUGUAGUUGUUGUAUUCAAUCAGCCAAAGACACAGUCUGUCUCAGAAAGAUGAGUCAGGGGAAACCUGUGGGUUUCCAGUGAGCAGGUGCUGACUCCGCCCCAGGACGCCGCAAGGGCCGUGAUAUCGUGGCUGUAAGGUAGGACCAAGUUCAAAAGAACUCUUAGGAUCAAGUUCACAAUUUUAAAGAUUGUCCUACAACUUUUUUGUUUAUAAACCAGAGUUGUUUUAAAAUAUAGUCCUUGUAUUUAGGAUUGCAAAUUUACAAGAAUAUGUUUCUAAGUAAAGGGAACAUAAUUCUUCAAAAAGCCGUUGAACUGAAGUUGUGAUAGGUCGUAUGAUCAGUGCUGAUACAUAAUUUUUACCUUAGAAUCAAUUUCUGCGGACAUACAUGACCAGUCUAGCUCCCAAGCGACCUUUUCCAUUGUGUGUAAGAAAAAUGCCCCCAGAUGAGCUGUCUGUAAUUGAAUUCAUCUUUUUUUAAAUGCCACUGGUUAACUGCCAUUGCCCCUGAUGUAUUUCUUUUGUAGCCUGAUUCCCUUAUUUAACAUCUGAAAGAUUUCCUUUUGACAUUACUUCCAUUCUUUUUAUUCAAAGUAUAAUUGAAAAAGGUAUUUAGUAUUAAAAUUAUGUUCCUCUAGCAAGGACUUUCCAGAAAUAAUCUACUUACAAAAAAAGAGCAGCAAUUAACUGCCUUUAGUGUAAGGGUGUGAGUGUGUAAAAGUAUGCUGUGUAAAACGUUUGCAUGAGAUACUUCACAUCAUGUAAGCUUUCCCAUAUUCAUGAUAUGAACAGUAUAGAAAUCUUAUUUCUUGUGAUUUCUCCAUUAGGAAUGUAAAGAGAUUGUUACCCAUAUCCAGUCUCCUUUCCAUAUUGAAAUGCAUGGCUCUAAAUCUUCAGCAUAUUUUUACCCCUUUCCUCUGGAGUUAUUUAAAAUUUGUCCUGUUAUACUGAAACCUAGAUAAACUACUGAGCCAGAUUAUUUCUGUAAUUGGUGUUUAAUUGCUGUAUAACAUUGGUUGAGACCACAUUUUUAUUUUAACUUUUUUUCUUUCAAAAUUAUUCUCUGAUCAUUGUGGUUCUAUAAUGAAAACACUGAGAAGAAAAUCUGAUGAAUUCUGGUGUGACUUUUUCUUUUUUAAAAGCCUCCAAUAAAGGUUGGAGAACUAUAAAGAAAAAUGUCGUCAUUUUGCUAACAAAUCAUUUUUUGGUGACCAUGGAGGUAGAGAAUGAAUCAUUUUGUUUGGCUUCAUAGUAUGAUUGUGCACCAAAGCAUAAAGGAAGUAAAUGAUUUUUAACAUUGUCACAAAAUUAUAAAGCUGGAUGGUUUGACUGUUAGUCAAUUAUACAAUUCUUUGAAAAUCUUAUGGCAUUUUUAUAAUCUACUCAGUGUUUUAUUUGCAUAAUUAUUCAUAUAUGUUGAACCAUAUGUGAUUCUGAUACUGUAUUUCUUUCCAGGAUUAACAUUUGUGUAAUAUGUGGCCAACUCUGAUUUGUACACCAUAUGAUUAUUGUAAUUUUACUGGUAUUUCCACCUUUAAUUGCAAUUCUGUUAUCAUGCCUCUGGCUUCAAUGGUCUGAAGCAUGUCCACAUAAUGCCAGUAUUGUAUGAAAAAAACUAAAAGACGGACCUAAGAAACUCUAAAAAAUCCAAAUUUCAAAGGGAAAUUGCUCUCAAAGACAUGUGUAUUUAUUUUAAAUUCAAAAAAUUCUUUUGAAUUUAUUAUUGCUUGUUCUUUUUCAUUUUUUUAUUGUAGACAAUCCUAAGUGACUGUCUCAUGGGAGAAUUCAUGUAUGUGCUUGCAUUUCUGUAACCUGAUCGUGCACUCAGCGGUUGGAACAGGUCUCCAGUGCUAAGAAAAUAACCAAAACCAAUAUAUUAAUUCUUACAUCUUGGUUUAUGUUGCCAACUGGAUAUGAUGUAAUGCAUAACUCUACCCAGUAAAUAAACUGGUUAUCUUUUGUUCAUUUCA